AUGGAUUAACUCUUUUAAAAAAGUGGUGAGAAAUUUAUUUCUUAUUCUUCUGAUUCAAUUAUAAAUAUUUGGAGAUUCAUGAAAUAUGGUUCUUCUUAAGAUCCUGUUUAACUUUUGAUUAGAAUCAAUCUAUAUGAUUCACUUUAUGGUUCUAUCAGUUAGAUAUUUAUUACAAUUUAAUGGCCAAGUCAUUGA